AUCCCGGCCACGUCUUGUCGUUCAAAUGACAGAUGUGUUUAUAAUUCUCUCAAUUAUUACCAAAUAAUUUAUUAAAAACGAACGAAAAUCGCUUAAAAUGCCAUUAAGGUUAGACAUUAAACGUAAGCUGACGGCUCGGUCUGACCGAGUCAAAUGCGUGGAUUUACACCCGACGGAGCCUUGGAUGCUAUGUUCUUUAUACAACGGGAAUAUAAACGUUUGGAACCAUGAAUCCCAACAAUUAGUCAAAACGUUUGAAGUCUGCGAUUUACCUGUCCGGGCAGCCAAGUUUGUACCUAGGAAAAAUUGGAUCGUAGCUGGUUCUGAUGAUAUGCAAAUUCGAGUUUUUAAUUAUAAUACUUUAGAUAGAGUGCAUUCAUUUGAAGCUCAUUCCGAUUAUGUUAGGAGUAUUGUUGUUCAUCCAACUCAACCCUAUAUCUUAACAAGUAGCGAUGAUAUGCAAAUAAAAUUAUGGAAUUGGGAUAAAUCUUGGGCUUGCCAACAAGUUUUCGAAGGUCACUCUCAUUAUGUAAUGCAAAUAGCGAUCAAUCCGAAAGACAAUAAUACUUUUGCGAGCGCCUCUCUUGAUCGUACAAUUAAAGUCUGGCAAUUAGGUGCAUCAACCGCUAAUUUUACAUUAGACGGUCAUGAAAAAGGAGUAAAUUGCGUCGAUUAUUACCACGGAGGUGAUAAACCGUACUUAAUUUCGGGCGCGGAUGAUCGUUUAGUAAAAAUUUGGGAUUAUCAAAACAAAACGUGCGUUCAAACGCUUGAAGGUCACGCACAGAAUAUUAGCGCUGUUUGUUUCCACCCCGAAUUACCGGUUGUUUUAACCGGAAGCGAAGAUGGAACCGUGCGAGUUUGGCACGCGAAUACGAAUCGAUUGGAAAGUAGCUUAAACUACGGCUUUGAAAGAGUUUGGACUAUUUGUUGCUUAAAAGGAUCAAAUAAUGUUGUACUUGGAUACGAUGAGGGUAGUAUUUUGGUUAAAGUGGGUCGCGAAGAACCUGCCGUUAGCAUGGAUGCUAGUGGUGGAAAAAUAAUUUGGGCUAGACAUUCCGAAUUACAACAAGCCAAUUUAAAAGCUUUACCCGAAGGAGCUGAAAUUCGCGAUGGUGAACGUUUACCAGUUGCUAUUAAAGAUAUGGGAGCAUGCGAAAUUUAUCCUCAAAGUAUCCAACAUAAUCCUAACGGACGAUUUGUCGUUGUUUGCGGGGAUGGGGAAUAUAUUAUUUAUACCUCUAUGGCUUUACGUAAUAAAGCGUUUGGUAGCGCGCAAGAAUUCGUUUGGGCCCAAGAUUCUUCGGAGUAUGCUAUAAGAGAAGCUGGUUCCACAGUAAAAAUUUUCAAAAAUUUCAAAGAAAAGAAAAGUUUUAAACCUGAUUAUGGCGCGGAAGGUAUUUUCGGUGGUUAUCUUUUGGGUGUUAAAUCCGCUCCUGGGUUAACAUUUUACGAUUGGGAUACUCUCGAUUUGAUUCGAAGGAUUGAAAUUCAACCUAAAGCUGUUUAUUGGUCAGAUAAUGGAAGAUUGGUUUGUUUAGCUACGGAGGAUAGUUAUUUUAUUUUAGGUUAUGAUCAAGAUCAAGUUGUUGCUGCUACUUCGAAUAAUCAAGUAGCUGAAGAUGGUGUUGAAUCGGCAUUUAAUGUUCUUGGUGAAGUAAAUGAAACUGUUCGAACAGGUUUAUGGGUUGGGGAUUGUUUCAUUUACACAAACGCUGUAAAUCGUAUUAAUUAUUACGUCGGUGGUGAAAUAGUAACAAUAGCACAUUUAGAUCGACCUCUUUACGUGUUGGGGUAUGUGCCUCGUGAUGAUCGUCUUUAUUUGGCUGAUAAAGAACUAGGAGUCCUUUCCUAUCAAUUAUUAUUAUCUGUUCUCGAGUAUCAAACUGCCGUAAUGCGACGUGAUUUCUCAACUGCAGAUAGAGUUUUACCAUCGAUACCAAAAGAACAUCGUACUAGAGUUGCUCAUUUCUUAGAAAAACAAGGUUUCAAACAACAAGCUUUAGCUGUUUCAACUGAUCCGGAACACCGAUUUGAUUUGGCGUUAGCUUUGGGUGAUUUAACAACCGCGAAAACUUUGGCGCUGGACGCUAAUAAUCCACAAAAAUGGAAUCAAUUAGGAGAAUUAGCAGCCGCAUCGAAUAAUUUACCAUUAGCUAAAGAAUGUAUGCAACGUGCCCAAGAUUAUGGUGGGUUAUUAUUGAUUGCAACCAGCACAGGUGAUGCUGAAUUAGUUAAAAAGUUAGGUGAAGCUACUUUGAGUGAAGGCAAAAAUAAUAUUUCGUUUUUAUCGUAUUUCUUAUUGGGUGAUUUAAAGAAAUGUUUGGAUAUUUUAAUACAAACCGAUCGAUUGCCAGAAGCUGCCUUCUUUGCUAGAUCAUAUUUGCCAAGCGAAAUUUCUUAUGUAGUUGGAUUGUGGCGUCAACAAUUAUCAGCGAUUAAUGAAAAAGCGGGGCAAAGCUUAGCUGAUCCGAAAGAUUACGAAAAUUUAUUCCCGGGAUUGGAAAAUGCAAUAGCUGCUCAAUGUUAUAUGCAGCAUGAACUCCAUAAUUUACCAGACGCCUCAAAAGCUAUGAAAAUUCCACCAAAUCACGAACGCAAUCCAAUUGAAGAAGUUAAAGCUGCUAUUGCAAGCGGAAUGUUUUGUUACACCCCACCAUCAGAACUGAAGAGACAGGAGAAGGAAAUGACUCAAUCUGAAUUUGGCAAAGCUGCUUCAAAAACUGUUUUGACAGAUGAUGAUCUUGAUUUGGAUUUAGAAGGAAUGAAUUUGGAUGAAAAUAUAGAUACGACGGAUAUUAAUAUAGAUGAAGACCUCUUGAGUGAUUGAACACUUAAUUUAAGAAUAAAUAAAUGUAUUUAUAAGUAUUAUUUUUUAAUAACAAAAGUUUCAUUCCUAUGUCUAAAGUUCUAAUAUAAGUUUGUACGUGUUAUAUAAUAAAUAUUGUGUUAAUUAAAAUAUCGUUUUAACUCA